AGGAGGACCCAGACCAAGAUCCAGAGCUGUUUUUGAACACUAACUUGAAUCAUUGCAAGUUUACUUCAUUACUGCGACUGACCCCGAUCUCACCCUGCUCCUGGCCAGCACCCACUACACGCUUCUGUACUCCUGCUGGUGCCACUAGUAUACAGCGAAGAUCAAACCAUCUUGACGGCUUCAUUGAUUUCGUCUAACUUCCACUUGCUCCCCACAUACACGCACCCCAACAGAGACUGAGUUGUUUAAAGGGAAGGCUGUGACUAUCUUCUUGCGUCGUGAAACACAAAGGAAAACAUUUCAGGGAGGUCACAACCGAGUCGGAGGCACAAUGUAUGCAGUACACCACAACGUACGGUUCCUUCCCCUUACCGCUUCGUCAGGUGUCUACUAUUGUUGUAAUUAAGUGAACAGCAGCUAAUUGUUGGUGACUGUAGGUAUGGCCCUCAUUGUUCCAACUUUCAUAGGUGUAGUUUUCUUAGGUGGGUGAUGCUUUCGGGGGCGUUCUUCAAGGAGGAGGAAAUGAGCAAUUUAAUUAAUCGCGCUUGGAUAUUAGAUGAAUUAAAAAAAAAAGAUUAAUAUAGAACUAACAGCUUACAUAAUUAUAUUAAUUACUUCCAGGGUGCCUCUAAUCUCUCCUAUUAGCCUUCUUCCUCCAUCCCUUAGCUUUUUUUUUUUACCUUUCUUCCUUCAGGGGUCUGCGAGAUAAAAAAAAAAGUAAAUUAUAAAAUAAAGGAAUAGGGUGUAGGAAAAACAAAGUUGUGCAACAACAUGAAGGAAAAAUAAGAGGAAAGGAGCAGAAGGGGGACCUAAAAAAAGAAAGGGUUACAUGUUACAAGAAAAGGAAACUUCUAAAGUUGGCGGGCCUGAUUGCAAGUACUGAAGUGUUGGCAGCCCUUCCCGUUUGUUUACCUCGUGAUGGCUGCAGCGAAGCAGUGGUGUUAAUUCCCACUUACCAUAGAUAUUCAACCAUUUCUAUAGAUUCGGACGAAUUUAUGGAGCUCCUGGAUUCAGAUAGUAUCAAAAUAUGAAAAAGAUAAGUGCCAAAUCUCAAAUUAAGAGGGGGAACACCUGCAUACCUGGUGAAGAUAACAUACAUGUGGGUAAUGAAGGAGGAAGUGAUCAUAAUGUUGAAACUUCACCUCCUAUUCACCUUGGAAACGUUGGGGUCAAGCUGGAGAAUGAGGGGCGUGUGGAAGGCCCCGCGGGACUACUGGAGACUGUGGAGGAGGUAGUGGAAGCGCCCUGGGAGGAAAUAGCAGGACCAGACCUCUCCCAAGCCUAUGUGGUUGAUUUAACCCAACAGUUCAAUCGCAUUUUCGUCCAGACAUCUUUUAAUAGCUUUAAAGAGUUUGAGAAGCUGUUCAACAAAUUUAAAGCUGAAACUGGUUCAGUAUUUCGAAUCAAGUCCUCAUGCAGUGUUGCCUAUGAAAAUUCUCGUAGGAAGAGGAAUUUCAUUCCAUCCCGUUUCAAGUUCGUCACUGUGCGGUACUGCUGUGUGCACUACGGCCAUCCUAAGAUGGCUGGCCAAGGCAUCCGCACCAAGCAAAGAUACCUCCCGUGUGGGUGCGAGGCCAUGCUGUCUGUGUCAUACAACUGUGGCGCCCUUGUCAUAUCCCAGGCCAACAUGCGGCACAACCACGAUGUGAGCUGCGAGAUGGCACCUUUCUAUGCUAUCAACCGUCGCAUCACUAAUGCUGAGCUGAAGGAAGUGGCAGAUGUGGUGGAAGUGAUGACCAACAGCCGGGCCCUCCAGCACUUCCUCCGGGUGCAGUUUCGUCGUGCCACCACCCUGCAGGAUGCCAAGAAUGUUCGAACUCGAGUUAAGGCCAUGAAGACAACCCAGUCAGAUACAACCAAAUCUCCAGGCUCUGAUGAAGAAGAGGAGGAAGAGGAGGAACCAGAUGAGGAUAUAAUCAUGGAUAGUACUGCUCAAGAUGUUCAUUUUAGGAAGAAGGAAGAGGUAGUGAGAAAGAUUGACAGAAGUGAAUGUGACUACUGGGGAGAAGCCACCAUUCCUAAAACUGCUAAAAGACAAGAAUAUCAGCAGCAAUAUCAAGAGGGGGAGAUGAUAGCAGAGGUGGAAAGAGAGGAGCAGGAACCUGAACUUGAACCUGAUAUGAGAAGAGAAGUCCUUGGUGAAAUAAGAACCAGACUGUUCAGUGUGAUGGAAAACUGUAAUCCUAGAGUUUUCAAAGAACGUGUGUCUGUUAUAGAAAAGCUGAUUGAGGGCUGGGAAAAUAACAACCCAGUCCAUGUACAAUACUUGGAGAAGAGUAAUUUCAAAGCCAGAACAAUAGAAAAUGCACAUUGUAUAAACACAUCACUAGAAAGAAUAGAGAAUAAAAAUGAUAGGAAUGCAAAUUCCUUUACAUCAUUUGACAGCUUGAAUGUUGCACUACCUGUAAUGGAAAUGAAAGGAGAGUCACAGUUUUUUCCUAUACAAGUGAAUAAGAAAUUAGCUAUAGUAGAACACAAGAGUCAGCCAAGGGUCAUUAAUAUGAUGGAGAUAACAAAUGAGAACUCACCUAUCACCAACAACAAAACAAGGAACAUCCAGUGUUCCAUGGAGAGAGAAAAUUGCAAAAAUGGUGAACGAAGACCAGUUGUACUUUCUAUAGUUAAGGGGUUUGUUGGGGGGUGUGACCAGGCUCUGGAAGUAGAGAUUGAAGUGGAUGGUGAAGUGGCCAAAGUGAAGGCUGUCAAGCGGGAGCCUCUAGACUACUAUGAAGUAAAUGUUGGAGACUAAAAGAUGUCAGUGUUGUGUUAGAUUCUUAUUACCUCCUCUCAGUUAACAUUAAUUGCUAUUUUGAUAUCCUGAGAUAUUUUCCAUUCCUUACUGACAGCUCACUACAAAGAAAAUUAAGUGUAAUUUGUCUGUAAAUAAAAGUAUUGAUCAUUAUAUUUUUAUGAAAGUUUCAUAGUUGCAUUUGUUCCAGCACUGGCAUAGAUGUAUUUAGCCAGUUUAGAGGAGAAAGAAUAUGCCCAUAAUGAAGGGAAUGCUUAGAGAGAUUUUAUUAAUUCCACUGUGCCCUGUCAUAGUGAUUGAUAAUAAAGGUAUUUCUAGUAUAUAAAUAUGUAGAUGAAUUUCCUGCUGCUCCUCUUUUUUUCUUUUCUUUUUCUUCUUUUUUUUUUACAUAAAAUAGGAUAAACUUGGUAUUUGAGUGAUCUUUGAAAGGCUUUAUUGAUAUAUUCUGAAGUUCUAAGCACUGUUUAAGGACUGGCAAGUUUCUUUUAUUAUUACUUUUGAUAAAGGAUAACAAGUCAAAACAAAUCCA